GUAAGUGGUAAGAAGAGGAAGGCAUGUCACAGAGAUACUGGGUCCGAGCUAUGAAGUGUCAGUUGCUGGUGGCCAGCCUCUUUGUUACGCUGCUGGGGAUAUCACUAAGCAUACUGACUGUUGUCAUGUACUAUGGGAAGCACUUCACUAUCAUGAAAGAUGUCUCCUUGGAGAAAAGCUCAUAUUACAGAACCUUUCACAGUGCAGUGUGCUCCAUUGGCCUAUGUCUGAGCAUUAUUCUGGUCUUUGCUGCCUUGCUGAGUAUUGUUGCCACAGUGAGAGAACUGGAGAGUGCCAUGGCAGUGGGAUUCUUUUGUUUUGCAGUGGUGUUCUGCGCAUCAGUACAAGCAACAUAUUGGACAAUUACCAACAGCAUUGUGGUUGAAAAUGCUGUAAUGGAUGCUUAUGAUUUUGUUUAUGAAGAUGUGAGGAGGAACGUUUCUAACACCAGAAGACAAGAACUGCAAGGCAUCCAUGAAACGUUUCACUGUUGUGGAAAGAAGUCACCUUUUGGAGAAGCAAGUAAUAUUGAAAAAGAGAUGUGCCACUCAGAAGCUGAAGAGUCAAUCAAAGAGCAUUGCCUCCCAGAGAUCCAAUACUUCAUGAAAAAGCAUAUGAGUUUUGUCUCCAUACUGAUGAUCAUCACAGUUUUCUUCAUGGUGUAUGGGAUGAUCUUAACUUCAUUCCUGUGGAUCUCCAUACAUUUUAAGAACAGUUUGGACCGGAAGGGCAAAUACAUUCUCGCAAGGCAAUAGGACCUGGGCUUUUGACUUCUGCACCAGGGAAACCGUUGUGGCUGUAGGAGAGACGCAUUAGAUUGUUUUUCACAAAUGUGAACAGCAAAUGGGUGGCCCUUAACCUUAUUCUCCAGUCUCUCUUUUUUUGUUGUUGUUCUUUUCAAAACUUUCCAUCGCACGUGUGGAUUAGACUAAAUUAGACAAGCAGAAAUGCAGCAGGCUUUGUAGGGCAGGCCUGACCAAAGUGUUCAUCAACCAAGACAUCAGAAGGAUGGAUCUCUGAGUCAAAACACAAAGGCAGGAUAUAAACCAGGAACCAAGACGUUGCCCAGCCACAAGUACAUCUGUCAUCUGAAAAGCUAUAAUUCAGAGCCCUCAAAAUAGCAAGUCAGAACAGAACAACCUAUCCCAG